GGAAGCUGAAAUCUUGCUCUUCCUUAAAAUAGCUGCCAUGUAAUGACCUCAUCCUGCUUCAGCCGAUAAAAAAAAGGAGUUUGAAGAAACAGAAAGAGAGAAAACGAAGAGAAAAUGACUUUAAAUACCAGAAAACCAAAAUAAACAGAAGACAGAGCGAGGUCUGGUUUAAGGAGCACAGACGUCAUGGAAGAAAGGGGGGGGGACAAAAGGAAAGUCUGUGUGCUGAAGCCCCUCCCUCCCUCUGUUCUCCCCCAACAAAUGAGCUGGGGGCGAGCAACAUAGACAAACACAGGGAGAGGGAGAGAGGGAGGGCAGCUGGAGGAGACAGAAAGCUUCAGUAGUAAAGAGAGAGAGGACGAGGACGGAGCAUGAAGGAGCCACCGAGGAGUUUCUGCUUCUGAAAACGACUCUACGGUGGUGAUGGGAAACACAGACAGUCACAGCAGCUUCGUCCCGUCUGCCAAAACCUCUGGCUCGCUCCGCUUCUCCAAGAGGGAGGCCACGCCGUCGGCUCGCAGCUGGUGGAGGAGCAACCAGGGAGGCAGCCGGGCAAGGGGGAGGAGCUACCCGAACCAGAACACCAGCUGGCACUACGACCACGCCCCCAGAGCAGCGAGAAUAGGAGCCAGAUCUCCUCCAAGGUUCAGGGGCCAGUUUGGAUAUUUGGAGAAUGGAGGAGGGACUACAUGCGAGCGAGCGUCUUUGCAGAGCGGCGGCAGCCCGAAGGUGCUGCUCAGCAAAGAUGGCAGCAUGAGGGUGGAGUUUACCAACGCCAGGGUUGCCCCCAUGGAGACCCAGGGGGUCAACGGACUCACUACCACCACUGCCCCGGCCGUCAGUGACUCCACCCUCCGUACUAGUAAGGGCAGCUCACUGAGCUCUGACGGCUCCUGGUACGACUCGCCGUGGGGCAGCGGUGGCGGCGAGCUCUCUGAUAACGUGUUUGUGGCGAACAGCAGCGGAUACACAACAUACUCCUCCACACGCACUGAGGAGACCGCCACCUCCAACAGCAGCUACAACACCUUCUUCUCAGCGCGGGUGGAUAUCCCACCUGUAUUUACCUCAAACAUCCUUUUCCCCGCCGCAGAGACGAGCAAGUUUGCCGCCGCCUCCACAGGAUACAACACCUCCUCUUCAGGGCGGACGGAGGAUAGCGGCAUCGGAGACUCGGUGAUCCUGCAGAACGAUCUCACGGACUUCAGCGUGGAUGACAUUUACUCCUCCCACAACACGCUGCCCGCCUUCCCCACCGCACCUGAGCAACACAGGGCCGCCUCUUCCUCCUCUUCAGCGCUGCUGGAUGAUGUCAUAACAGAGGAGGCGGGACCAGGAGGGGGCAUGGAGAAGUGUUACUCCUCCCUUACACUUCCAUGUCGCAGGAUUGACCCCGUUAGCACCUCCGUCACUCCCGGAAACAACCGCAAAGACUUCCUGAAGAGUCGGAUCAGACGGCUCAGCGACUGGACAGGAAGUCUGAACAGGAAGAAGAGGCGGAUCCAGGAGCCGUACGGCAGCGACUCUGGUGAUGUGUUUGCCAGUGGGCUCGACUAUGGGCUGGGUGACAGCGGCGCCCUGUGGUCCUCCAACCCUCUCCACACACUCAACCAGAACCAGUUCCCACCUUUUCACUGCGGCUCCUUCAGAAACCAGAACCAGAGCAGCGACACCCAGCGGCAGAACGUCUACGAGAACUUCAUGCAGGAGCUGGAGACGGGCUGCAGCAGCGCCGCCGACCGCACCGAGCCUUCAGAGGGGGAUGGAGAGGAGGAAGAGGAAGGAGAGGGGGAGGAGGAGAUGGAUGGGGAGGUAGACGGGGGAGGAGGGGAGCAGCUGGACGUCCUGUUUGAGAAGGAGCAGGGCGUGGUGCGCCGGGCAGGAUGGCUCUCUUUCAAAGCUCUCAUCGCCGUCAACAAGGACAGGAAGUUGGAGCUGGUGGCUCGCCGCAAGUGGAGACAUUACUGGGUCACCCUGAAAGGCUGCACUCUUCUGUUUUAUGACACUUACGGGAAAACCGUCAGCACUGAUCGGGAUCUUUCUCCUCGAUACGCUCUGCUGGCCGACGACAGCAUCGUCCAGGCCGUCCCAGAACACCCAAAGAAGGAGCACGUCUUCUGUCUGAGCAAUGCACACGGGGACGUCUACCUGUUCCAGGCCACCAACCAGACCGACCUGGAGAACUGGGUGACAGCGAUCCACUCGGCGAGCGCCUCCCUGCUGGCGAAGCGUCAAGGCAGAGAGGACACGCUGCGCCUCCUGCGCUGCCAGAGCCGCUCGCUGCUCCACAAGAUCGACAUGGAUGGGAAGAUGAAGAAGAUGGCCGAGCUCCAGCUGUCCGUCAUCAAGGAGCAGAAGAACAGGAAGGCUGUGGAAAGUCAGAUCCAGCAGUGGGAGCAGAACCUGGAGAAACUGAACCUGGAUCUGUUCCGGCUGAAGUGCUAUCUGUCCAGCCUGCAGGGCAGUGAACUCCCUAACCCUAAGAGCCUCCUCGCUGUGGCCAGCCGGCCCUCCAAGAGCAUGCUGGGACGUCUGGGGGUCUUCUCAGUGUCCUCCUUCCACGCUCUGGUGUGCAGUCGAGACGAGGAGGUGCUGAGGAGGAGGUGGAGGUCCCUGUCAGGAGGAAGAGGCAGCAGGAGGCGGGGCUUACCGUCCUCUCUGAAGGUCCUGGAUGGAGCGAAUAAACGCAGCAGAGACCAGAAUAACUUCACAUCACAGAGUGUCGACCGUGUGUCCAAUCAGAGUGAGAUGGCGCCCUCUGCAGGACGUCCUGCAGCUCUACAGGUGUGCAAUGAUCAGGUUUCUCUCCUCGAUGUUUUCACUCUAAACGUCUGUCGACUCAACACCACACAAGACUUUGGUUUUGCAGUGACGGGCCACGUAGACGGAGCAGGAAGGAGUCACAUCUACGUCAGUGAGGUGGAGCCGCUGGGCCUGUCGGCCAGAGAAGGCCUCAGGGCAGGAGACGAGGUCCUGGCGGUGAACGGGCUCUUCGUGUCUGGACUUGACCUGGACUUGAUGCAGAGUCUCUUCAGUCAUCAGAAGCUCCAGCUGCUGCUCCGGAGAGACGAGACAGCGAGCCACGAGGGGCCCACCGUCGCCCCCACAUGGCCGGACCCUGGAGAGUCCUGCCAACCUCAACCCCCCAAAGACCCCCAGACCUGGACCAGUGAUUCUCCGUCUGCGGUUUACGGCGUCCAACCUCCUGUUCCUGAUGAUGUUUCAUCAAAACCGUCAGCUGACUCAGAGCAGCAGAACGUGGAGCGGGUCUACUCUCUGUACCAGACUUUCCCAGAAUGCCAAACGGCAGAGGCAGAUGUUCCCAAGAACCCAUAUAGCAGAGAGGCAGGGCUCCAGCCUUCAAGCCCCGCCCACCUGAGUGUGUGUCAGCGUCUGCGUAAAGUCAUCCAGGAGCUGGUGGACACAGAGAAAUCCUACGUCAAGGACCUGGUGUGUCUCUUUGAUGUCUACCUCACUCCUCUGCAGCAGGAGACCUUCCUCAGUAAAGAAGAGAUGGAGGCGUUGUUCGGAUGUCUGCCCGAGAUGUUGGACUUCCAGAAAGUUUUUCUACAAACGCUGGAGGAGAGAAUCGCCUUGUGUCCGAACUUCAGCCACCUGGAAACACCAGCUCAGUUCAAGAAACUCCUCUUCUCACUGGGAGGGUCUUUUCUCUACUAUGCCGACCACUUCAAACACUACAGCGGCUUCUGUGCGAACCACAUCAAAGUGCAGAAAGUUCUGGAAAGAGCCAAGACCGACACGGCCUUCAAGCAUUUCCUGGAGGCGAGGAAUCCGACCAAUCAGCACUCGUCGUCUCUAGAGUCGUACCUCAUCAAACCAGUUCAGAGAGUCCUAAAGUACCCGUUGCUACUCCGAGAGCUGGUGUCACUGACCGACCCCGAGAGCCCCGAACAUAUACACCUGACAGAGGCGCUGCGAGCCAUGGAGAAAGUGGCAAGUCACAUCAAUGAGAUGCAGAAGAUCUACGAGGACUACGGAUCCGUGUUCGACCAGCUGGCUGCAGAGCAGAGUGGAGCUGAAAAACAGGAGAUCUCGAUGGGAGAGUUUCUGAUCCACUCAUCGGUUGUUUGGUUGAACCCACUGCCUUCUCUGGGCCGUCUGAGGAAAGAUCCAGAAAUCACGCUGUUUGUGUUUAAACGAGCCGUCAUCCUGGUGUACAGAGAGAACAAACUGAAGAAGAGGAUGACUGGAUCUCGCUCAGCUGAUCUCGACCCCUUCAGGUUCCGCUGGUUAAUCCCAGUGUCAGCUGUUCAGGUCAGACCGGCCAACGUCACAGGAUCAGAGAACCCCUGUGUGUGGGAGCUCGUUCACAGCCGGUCAGAGGUGGAGGGGCGACCGGAGACCGUGUUCCAGCUCUGCAGCAGCUGUCUGGAUUCGAAGGCAAGCGUGCUGCGAGCUCUGCGCUCCCUCCUCCGAGAGCGAGGGCCCACCGGCUCUCUGAGGAGGACUCGGCUGUCGACGGCGGAGAGGAGCAGCUCCUGGAGGAGGCGGCAGCAGCGAUGUCGCUCUGACACCCUGAGGACGACACCAUGUCAGCCGGAGGAGAGCUGCGGGCGCGACGGCAGAUCGAUCCUCGGGGAGACGUGUUCAGAGCCGCCCCUGCCGAGCCGCUCCGCCGCCUCUGACCCUGCGGGGAAGAGGAGCAGACUGUGCUCCCUGACCAGUGAGCUGGAGGCUCAGCUGCAGCGGCUGAACUUCACAGAGGAGGAGGCUGAUCGGGGAGGAGGUGCUCAGGCCGAGGAGGAGACAAGGCGGAGCUCCAGUCUGCGACGAGUAGACACUCCUGACUACGGCGGCCUUCUAGAGGCGGACUUCAGCGUGCAGAGCCUGACCUCCAUCAUCAACGAGGACUGUUUCUUUGACAACAAGCUCGGGAUGCAACAGGCUACCGUACCUACGCUACAAGGCUAACCUACAACAUGCUAACCACGCUAAGCUAACCAGAAGGAAGCUAUCUGAAAGAGAGGUAAACUCUUUAAAUCAGACCUGAGCUGAUUUAAAUCCAACCUCCAUAAACAGGAAGUUUAAAAAGAAGAGCAAACAGUCGUCUUUGUAAAUUCCUGGAUGUGAUUAAAAGGAUUUUUGGAUAAAACGACCUCCAGCAGCGCUCUGAACGGUUCAAUAACCUCGACCUCAGGAGAAGAAUGCAGAUUUGUUCACUAAAGGAGCUCAGCCUGUUCACGAGGGAAACGUGGGAAUGUCGGCUCAGCUUUAAAGUCAUUACUGUUGCGAAGUCCAAGACAACAAUUUUACAUGAGUACCCUGAUGCAGACAAGAUGGCUGCCAUACAUCCAAUCCAUACCGGAAGUCUCAACCGGAAGUCCGUACGUCUAAGAUUAGGCUUAGGCAUUAAAACCUGAGUGGUUAGGUUCAGGGUAAGGCAGUG